AUGUCUGGGAACCAAAGGACGAAUCACGAGUAUGCACCCCCCAUGGUGAUCAAUGUGAACAACAAGCAAGUGAAUCCCUCACCUUUAAGUUAUAAAAGCUACCCACCGGGGAGUACAAAUUGGGGCCCAGCUAGCAGUCAACAUGAGUUAAACGCAGGAAAUAACAUGAAGAAUUACGUGCAAUAUUAUGGGCACCGAAAUGGCUCUGAAAUGGAGCCCUUGAAACAUACCACUUCGCAGAAUAUACCGAGGAGAAGAGACGAACGACAGAAAACGAUGGGCGUGGUGGACUUGAACAGGGGAAACAUAAACCACGUUGUAGCCAAUUACGCAAAUUCAAUUCGAGUGCCAACUAACCACAGCUCUGAUGGUAGCACUCAGGUUAGGACGUUUCACAAAAGUGGGUCAGAAUAUGCUAGAGAAAUUCCCCCAUUCGAAGUUGACAAAAGUAAAAUGAAUUCUCUUUCAGGAGAUAGAAAGACAACACCCAUCAGUGUUCAGAGCGAAAUGGACAGUAAGAAAGAUCUGUCAUCCCUGGGAGUGGAAUACCAAUCUGUGCACCUUAGGAGAAAUCAAAACGACUAUGUUGUGGAACAGAAAGGGGAAUAUCCAACCAAGUCAAGUCAAGUGAGAAAAAAAAAAAGUGUUACGAUAAGUACUAGUGAGCAGGAUACCUUUUUGGGAGAUCUAAGGAGGGAAAAUAGCAUUGCCAUUUCGAGAAAUUUCCCGUCAAGGGAUGAUGAGAAUUUUAGCAGAGGUCAAGCGGAAGUGAGUAGGAACAAAGCAGAUGAAAAAAAAGGGGAGAAAAAAAAUAGCAAAAUAGGUGAAGAAUUGAAAAGUGAUCGACUGAGUACUCCACGUAAAGGGAACAACAACCACUUCUUAGGUGGAGAUACCAUGCAGGAAUACCGGCGUAGUAAUGGAGAGAAGGAAUAUACACCUCCACAACGUGAUGGCAAAGGUUCGCAAAAGGGUGAAUCCUCCACCAAAGCAGCAACACAUCGGAGCUGUAGGGAAGAAUUACCACGCAACCUUUCCAUCAAUUUCAAAAGAAACAUGUUCGAUAUGACCAAAGGGUUACACAUUUUCGAGCAUAUGAUAAUCGUUGAUAAAAAUAAUGUACUCAGAUUGUGGAAUGGUUUUGAAUGGAAAAGAGUAGAAAGCUAUUUCCAAUUUGUGACAACGGCUAGAUAUGACCAUAAAGGACACCUCUGGUGUGUGAAUAAUUCGUAUGAACUACUCAAAAGGAUGAGAAAAAAAAGAUUUAAAAACUUUGGACAUUUAGCUAACGAAGAAAUUGUAGAUAUCAGUUUUGAUAAAAAAAAUGUGUUAUGGUGCGUUAAUCGUAAGGGAGAAUUACUCAAAUGGAAUAGAAGCAAAUGGACUAAAGUGAAAUUUUCUGGAUUCCAUAAAUUGAUAAGUGUGGCCUUUGACAGUAGGGGAGAUUUGUGGGCUAUCAACACGAAGAGGGCGUUGGCGAUCUGGUGUGAAAAGGACGGUUGCUGGAAUGAAAAAGUUGUGAAGGAUAAUUUGAAAAUAUGUGCCAUCGAUUUUGACAACGAUGGGCAUAUAUGGGUCGUUUCCACUGCGGGUGCCCUGUUGACUUAUUCGCAGGGUCACUGGGUGAACUUUGGAUAUGUCUGCUUGGACCCCUUGAUUUCUGUGGGAUUUAGGAAGCUCCGCGCGGGGUAG